AAAGGAAAUGCAUCCGAUCCUUGUGUUAUAUUUUGCCUUCAAAGAAGAAGGAAGAGCUAUUGAAAAGAGGAAGAAGUCCUACCAAUGGUAAGAACGUUAAUCUCAUAUUAUCGGCUGAAUGGAAUUUGACGAAAUCUUUGCGUUUCUAACUUAUCGACUCUUUCGGUCCAAAGAAAAAUCAGAAUGUUUUAAAAUAUAACGUCAUUUUGCAAACUUUAGGAUGCUAUCAGAGACAAGUUCCCAACAGUUUAACAAAACUGUGGAAAUGACUUGGUUUGCAAAUCCUUGUGCUGUACGCGUACCUAAAUUGCAAUUGUGUUUUAGGCCAGGCACGCCUAGACACUCGAUUAGUUCUCAGAACCAUGUGGGUGUCCCAAACUCCUCACAAUUAACACAGUAUUUAAACAUUCUUUUCUUCCUGUCCUUCUAUAUUUCUUAGAUAUCCUUAGUAACAAUGAGUUGUAAAUUACUUUCGUUUCGUUUUUCGUUUUCUUAUUGCACUAUAUUCUUUAUAUUGAUAUUUAUAACGCUACUGUAAUAAUUAUAACCUUCUCUAAUACACUGUAAUUGUGUGAGUUUAAAUAAAAUCGAUUUGAUUUGAAUUGAAAUUGAUUUGUGUUUCAACAUUUUAAACACAUUUUCACAUGUUUGACUUUUGCAAUAAUGCGCUAGAAAUAUAGGUUGCUUUUUUACCCAGAGCCGUGAUUAGGUUUGAAUUAUAAUUUCAUGUAAAAAUGGAUCACUUGCUUAUAAUUGUCCAUCAGUGAUAUAUAUAUGUUAUUUGCCGGCUGGGAGGUUCGUAUGGUGAAAAACUGUGACCGAGGUCUUGAAAGGCCGAGGGCAGCAUUUUCAAGACCGAGGUCACAGUUUUUCACCAUACGGACCGACCCUUAGCCGGUAAAUAACAUAUUUAUUGUUUUUAAACUUGAUGAAAUUCUUUCCGAAAGAACCCGAAUGAUUUAGGGCUGUAAAUACGGCAAGAUCUUCCAUAAACUGAACAAUUUUUGAGCGAGUAAAUGGUAGUUAAAAUAGAGGUGAUGUAAAUUAAAGAGAGAUUCCUCAGCGAAACAUUUUCAUUUCCGUAACGAUAAAGGUGAUUUAAAAGGCUUCCAAACAAACUAUGAAACAUUAUUUUUACAAGUAUCUGUCAGAAUCUGACACCUGUCAAUUAGAGAGCACGUAAGAAAAAAAAAAUCAUAAGAACAUUUGAAAAACAACGGAACUAGUUUGGCAAGGACUGUCACGACAAUGUUUUCUUCAAAAUCAGUCAACGAUCUAACGGAAAGUAUUAUUCACUCUCAUCGACGAUUCAUUCAUGUAUGAAGAUUUACUUCUGUUCAUUAAGUAAACGGCGAGGAAAGUAAUUGUGAGUAAAUUCAAUUUUUUUAUUUUGAAGUUGUGAGAGUUUGCUCGUUUGUUUGCUGCAAUGGCGUGUGUAAAUCUGGUCUUUCCUUCACAAAAACUAAAUUCGAACGGCACGCUCCAACGAGACACAAGGGAAUUUAAUGCGGCCUUUUCUCGAAAAAUUCCUUCAGUUUCUGUUGUGUAAUUUACGGUACAAAUGUCCAAAUUGAACGGAAUUGGAAAGACUCACCAGGAGCCUAUAUUUGUUGUAGAACUUAAAUUAAAACUUUGCUCGCUCUUUCACUACUAACAAUUUUCUCGAGAAAAUUCAGAUAUUAAAUUAAUGAAAGUUCCAUCGUUCAGUUUAACUGUAACCAAAUACCUCACGUUUUAACUUUCUGGGUACUUUUUGUGAAUGAUUAAAAUUAAUUGCAGACGGUUUUUAGGCCGCUUGUCAACCAACGUAAUGACACUAUGGUUUAUACAAAUUCAUUCUGAAACCAAUAUUUUUCUGUCAACCAAAGUCAUUUGAGAGAGAGAAAAGAGAGGAUUUAUGAGUUAUUUAUCGGCUUGAGGUAGUGACCGACUUGUUUGCUUUAAAAUACUGCCCAGCCGGAAACGAGGUAUAUUUAUGAAAAAAUGACAACGAAAGUUGGGAUGUACUCGGCGACUCACGAAAGCGUUACCGCGGCCCGUGGGCAGAGAUAGGAAAAUACUGACCGGGUAAAGAACCAAUCAGAUUGCAGGAUUCGUUACCGUGCCCUCUGAAAAAACAAUAAUAAGAGUUAUUUCCCGGAGAUUAGGUCAUAAGCGUUUCAUCUGAUGUUGUUUUACUUACAUCAGACAGAUUUACCUUUAGGCUUGCCAACCAGGUGUUGUUAGGGAAGUGAACCCUUGUCUCUCCUCAUAGGAAGGUUCUGUUUAGGGAAGUUUCCUAAACCAAGCAAAAUACAGAUUGCUUCCUCUCCCUCCCUUCCCAUACUUAUGACCCACUUCAGGUUUUCAUUUUUCACUGGGUAAAUAAAUCAAAACAGGGCAAGGGAGCACAUUUGGUGUAACUGCGUUUUGAUUGAUUGAUUGAUUGAUUGAUUUACUUUGUUUUUGUUUUGUUUUCUUGUUGUUUUGUUUUUUUCCUCAAAGCUGGGUGUCUGGCAGAGCCCCUGAUGGCAGAAUCCAACACUACAUGUUAAAGAUUCGAGACUAGUUAUGUGCAAGGAAAGAUCUAGACAGGAAUAGUGCACUAAAUGACUUUGACUUUGUCAGUGAACAGAGUGAAAAGGGAAGUAAGGAAUUGAGGUUACAAGAUGCUUCAAACCUAUCACUGAGGAAAACUGAGGAGGAAAAGUUUAAAUCAACUCUCUGUUAUAGAAACAUUUAUGAUUCCAUCAAUUUGUCUGAGGGAGGAUACUUGGACUUAAAUGGCAGGAGGAAUUACAGAAAAGCAAAUCAGCAAAAUACUGUUGAAAACAUGAAAAAGCUGUACCACACUUCCUUAUAAACUCACAAUUUAUUUGCUUGAUUUGACAAUUUGCUACUAUGCUUCAGUUGACUCCCACUCACAAUUCUUGGCCUAUUACAAGGAAACACACUCAACAUCCUGUUGUAAGCAGGUGGAACAGUGCCUUAUAUGGGAUGACAAAACAUGUGCCACAUACAUGUUUGCUUAGUUAUGUAUGAAUAAACAAAAUCCCAUAUAAAUGUCAAUCAAAUUGAGAAUAAUUAACUUAUUGUACAGUUUCCAACAAUACAGGGUCUUUUCUUGGAUAUAUUUGGUAAUGUCAUCAUUGGAACCUGCAGUCUGUAUCAUUCACUCUUAGAAUAUCACUCAGUUAUUGUGCUGUAUCUCAAAAUUAACAAGAACACUUACCUAUUACAUUUAAUUGAACAAUAGAGACUAUUUCCAUUUCUCCACUAAUGUAUUUCCACAAAAAUUGUUGAAGGGGUGUAUGGAGCAAUUUCCACUUGAUCUCUGAUGGAUUGUUAGGUUGUCCUUUCAAAUUGUCUUUGAUUCAACUUUAAGACAGAGGGAGAGGUACCUGUU